GUGCUGUCCGUACGCGUCCAGCAGGGCCGUCCACCCCACCAGGCUGUGAUACGGCAUGCAGUCGCAAAAGAGCUUCCGGGCCUCGUCGAGAUGCCCAUUUCGAGAAUAUGCCGACAGCAUGAACACCCAGGUGAAGGCAUCUUUUCUCGGGCCCAUGGAAUCAAAGACGGCCAUGGCGUCUGGAACGCUGCCGCACCGCCCGUACAUCUCGAUGAGCUUGUUCGCGAGGAAAGUGCUGGUUGGGAUGGAGUGGUGGGCGAUUUUGGAAUGAACUUCUCUCGCGGAUGCGAUGCUGUGGCAGGAUUGAACGAGGCGGAGGCACUCCUCGAGCUCCAUUCUGAUCAGCAGCGAUGGCGGUGGAGCUUGCGACGAUUGAUACGCAUUUCUAUGCCUCGCUGCUUAAAUCGUGUGGCAAAACCAGAGAUUUGGCCGAAGGCAAGCGCCUCCACGUAAAGAUCCUUGGCAGCCACGAGCAGCAAAACACCUAUCUCCAGAACCUCCUCAUAGAGAUGUACGGAAAGUGCGGGAGCUUGAAAGACGCGGUCGACGUGUUUGAGGGAAUCGCGCAGAGGAACGUCUACUCAUGGAAUGUGAUGCUCCUGGCAUAUUCCCGGAACGGGCAUCUCGAGAAAGCAUCGACGCUCUUUGAGAAAAUGCCUUUGAAAAACCUUGCGACGUGGAACGCAAUGAUCGCUGUCUAUGGACAGAACAAGAAAGUUGACGAAGCGCGAAAGGUCUUUGAUUUGCUGCAAAACAAGAAUGUGAUCUCCUGGAACACGAUGAUCUCGGCAUGUGCCCAAAACGGGCAUCUCCAAGAAGCCAGGAAGCUCUUUGAUGAGAGCCCUGUUCUAGAUCAAGUUUCCUGGAACACGAUCGUCACUGCCUAUGCCAAAGAAGGAAAGCUCAGCUCAGCGAGAGAUCUCUUUGAUCGAAUGCCAGAGAAGAGUGGGAUCGCGUGCACGGUGAUGGUGCUGGGCUACGCUCAAAAGGGCCAGAUCCACGAAGCAAAGCUCAUCCAUGAGAGCUAUGGCGCCGAUGAUCUCUACUGCGGCAACGCAAUGCUGGCGGCUUACGCCGAGAGCAACCAGUUCCAAACAGCCAUGGAUCUCUUUGCCGCGAUGCCGAAGAGGGAUUCCAUCUCCUGGAACACGAUGCUCAAGGCUUGCGUACACACCCGGCAAGUAAACCGUGCUCAAUUGCUCUUCGAGAAGAUGCCCAACCGUGACAUUGUCUCGUGGACAACGAUGAUCUCCGCGUACGCGCAGGCAAACGAUCUCGCUCGAGCAAGAAAAAUCUUCGACGCAAUGCCACACAAAGAUCUCACUGCCUGGACGGCAAUGCUUACGGCUUAUGCCCAAACAGGGCAUCUUGAUCUAGCGCGAAAGUUCUUUGAUUCCAUGCCAAAGAAAAGCACUAUCUCAUGGAACGCAAUGAUUUCGGCAUACACACAAAACGGGCAUCUCCGAGAAGCCCAGGAGCUCUUUGAAAAGAUGCCAGACAAGAAUAUGGUAUCUUGGAACGCGAUGAUUACGGGAUAUACCCAACACGGGCAUAUGGAGGAGGCCAGGGAAAUGUUCCACCGGACGCCAUACCGCGACUUAGUCUCGUGGAACGCACUUCUUUCCGGAUUUUCCCAAUCAGGGCUUAUCACCGAAGCGAGAAAGCUCUUUGAUCGAAUCCCAAAUCCGGACGUGAUCUCCUGGACGACGAUGGUAACCGCAUUUGCCUCACGGGGGCAACUGGACGAGGCCCGCGACGUGUUCGACCGAAUGCCCGUCCGGAACCUCGUCUCCUGGAACGCGAUGAUCUCGGGCUACUCCCAAAACGCUCGCGGCCACGAGGCACUGCAACUCUACCGUACAAUGGACGUCGAGGGAGUCCGGCCUAACGAGAUCACGUUCGUGGGGGUGGUGGACGCGUGCACGGCCAUAGGCUCGCUGCCUCUCAGCCGUGUGAUCCACGCCCACAUCGGCGACAGCAGCCUGAGCUGGGACGUUACCGUCGGUAACGCCGUGGUUACCAUGUACGCCAAGUGCGGUAGCCUCCACGGCGCGGAGCUCGUCUUCUCGAGCAUGGUACGUAAAGAUACCAUAACUUGGAACGCGAUGCUGGCGGCCUACGCCCAGUUCAGCUGCCACGCCGAGGCCGUACACGUCUUCCACGCCUUGCACGUGGAGGGCGUGCCCCCCGACCAGGUGACAUUUACCAUAAUGCUGGCGGUCUCCAGCCACUCGGGCGAGUGCAAGACGGGGCUGACGUACUUCUGGUCGGCGCGGUUGGAUUUCGGGCUUCCGUACAGGGCGGACCACUACCGGUGCAUGGUGGAUCUUUUGGGCCGGGCGGGGUAUAUUCGGGACGCCAAGGAUCUCGUCCAGAGCAUGCCGUUUGAGCCGGACGUGGUGUCGUGGACGACGGUGCUGGGGGCGUGCCAAAGUGGAGAUGGGAAUGCCCGGGGCAGUGGAGGUCAUAUCCAAAAGAGAGUGAUGGAAUUGGAUCCAGAAGAGUCAUCGCCAUAUGUUUUGUUAUCGAAUCUAAACUCUCAAUCUAUAUAGUUUUAUCAUUGAUUUGAUUGAAAGA